AUGAAAGAUGAUGACGUACGAACAUCAAUAUCAUCAUUAUCGCCAUCUGAACUAGAUGUGGCCAUCAACAAUAUGUUAGAAAUACGACCAGCUAGAAAUAAAUUUGAAUAUGCAUGUAGAGGUAAUCCUAUCACGACUUCCGGCAAGCGGACCCAGUUGGUGAAGAUGGUCUGUAUUGUAAUGAUACCAGUAGCUGUUUUAACAGGUCUUACAGCCAAUACAUUCUUUAAUACGUUUACUAGCUACAUGUCGUCUGGAAUCAGAAACACUAUCUUGUACAGUGUAGAACUUGGCCAGGUUGUCCAUAGUUUACAGAAGGAGAGAGAUAUGAGCGCCCUGUAUAUCAGUAAGAUUAGUCCAGUAUCCAAAUCCUUUCUUCUGCAACGGUAUCCAGAGACAGAUAGAUCGAUCGAACAGCUGACUUUUUGGACGACUUUGUCUCAGUUUGAGUUCCAGUCCAAGGAUAAGUUUCUGUCCUAUCUCAACAGGCACAGGUAUGAAUUAGAUACUUUGAACCAAACGGUUACCAUGGAGCUAGAGUUGUACACAACUCUUAUCCGAGUUUUCAUCAAGUGGUUGUAUGAUACUAUGCCUGAAGCCGAGUCUGGAUUCAUCUGGAGAAGUCUUGUAGCCUAUCUAGAAGUUAUUAUCGUCAAGGAAUACAUGGGUUUGGAAAGAGCCCUUGGUAUGGUGUUUUACGCUAAGGGCCGAUUCCCAUCACGAGAUGUGUAUCUAUGGUUUUCGGAAAGUCAGGACGUGUCGAAUGCAACUUUUCUCUCAGCUAGACGUUACUCUGAUCUUGUAGCAACACUUUACAACAAAAACAUCGAGGGUAAUGAAACUAUUUUAAACGUAUUGGGUAGAAUGAGAGCUGAAAUUCGACGUAAUGACCUAGGUGGACAAGGAUCUAUCAAGAUGGCUGAAUGGUGGUAUAACAACAUGACGGUUUAUAUGGAUUUAUUGUUAGAAACUCAAUCAGAGUUAUCCCAGGAAAUUACAGGGUUGUUAGAUGAGAGACAGAAAGUGAAUUUACAGAAAUUGAUUGCGAUAUCUAUCGUGUUUGUGUGUGUUUUUGUCAUCUGUCCAAUCAUUAUAUAUGCUGCUUAUACUCUGACAAAUGAGAUACAAAAAUAUUCCAUAUCAUUAGCCAACAGAACAAAAGCUUUAAACAAAGAGAAGAAGAGAACAGAAACACUGUUACACCAAAUGUUACCUAAAUCGGUAGCUGAUAAACUUAAAGCUAAUGAAGUUGUUGAUCCAGAGAAUUUUGUGGAAGCUACGUUGUUUUUCUCAGAUAUUCAAGGUUUUACCCAACUCUCUGCUCGUAGUUCACCUAUACAAGUUGUAGAAAUGUUAAACAGUUUAUAUUCAUGUUUUGAUGGUAGAAUAGCCAUGUAUGAUGUUUAUAAAGUAGAAACAAUAGGUGAUGCUUAUAUGGUUGUUUCAGGAGUUCCGAAAAGAAAUAAUAAUCAACACGCUGCAGAGAUUGGAACAAUGGCGCUGAGCUUAUUGGAUCAUAUUAGUCGACUAGAAAUACCACACCUACCAGGAACCAAGUUUAAACUUAGGAUAGGAAUUCAUACAGGCGCUGUUGUAGCUGGUGUUGUUGGUAUGAAGAUGCCUAGAUAUUGUUUGUUUGGUGAAACAGUCAGCAUAGCAGCUAAAAUGGAAUCGCUUGGAAAACCGGGAAGAAUCCAUAUAAGUCAUAGUACUAAAGAUGCGCUUCAGACAUUGGGUGGGUUUACUAUGGAGGAAAGACAGGAUGACGUAUGUCGGUUAAAGUAG